ACCCCUACUUGACCUCCUCGCCCUCAAAACCCUAACGAUCGGCGAGCCGCCUCUCUCGAGCGCUUCCCACUUCCCCUGCGCCGCCCCACUCCGCGCCGCAGCGAGACCCUCGACCUCGAGGACCCCCUUCCGGAACCUUCUGGAACGCUCGGAUCGCUAGCGCCGCCACCGCAUCGGGCCGCCGCCCCAUGGAGAAGCUCCGCGUCCACCGCUGCGGCGGCGGCGCGGUCGCUUGGUCGCCCUCCCCCAUCGUCGCGCUCGCCACCUCCCCCUGCGGUUCCCAGGUCGCUGCUGCGCGCGAGGACGGCUCACUCGAGCUCUGGCUCGUCUCCCCGGGCUCCGUCGGCUGGCACCACCAGCUAACGAUACAGGGGAACGCCGACUCGAGGGUCACGUCGCUGGUGUGGGGGCGGAGAGGUGGCGGGCGACUGCUCUCGUCCAGCGUCGAUGGGUCGGUGGCUGAGUGGGAUCUCUUUCACCUGCGGCAGAAGACUGUCCUAGAUACUGUUGGAGUACCACUCUGGCAGAUGGCUAUGGAGCCUUCGGAUGAUUCUAUAAAGUCUGAGAUUAACAGCUCAGGAUUUGCCAUCAAUGGCCAUGCAAACCAUAAUGACCGCAGCGACUCUGACCUAAGUAAUGCUGAUGAUUGUGACAACUCUGACGGUGAAGAUGGUUCUCACAAGACAAGCUCUUCAUAUAAUGCGAAUGAAUUCCAGCGACUGGCCCUUGCCUGCGAUGAUGGUUCGGUACGCUUGUAUAAUGUACCUGAAUCAGGUGCAUUGACGUACUACAGAUCUCUCCCGAGAGUAAGCGGGCGAAUUUUGAGUGUAACAUGGAGUAAUAACGCCAAAUUUGUAUUUUCUGGCAGCAGUGAUGGUUUAAUUAGAUGCUGGGAUUCAACAUCUUUCCAUGAAAAAUAUCGUAUCACUGCUGGAUUGGGAGGUGCGGGUACUGGACCUGAACUUUGUAUCUGGUCAUUAUUGUUUCUGAGGUGUGGAACCCUUGUUAGUGGAGAUAGUACAGGGAGUGUACAGUUUUGGGAUAGCCGCCACGGAACUCUUCUACAAGCUCACUCUUAUCAUAAAGGCGAUGUUAAUGCACUAGCAACUGUGCCUAGUCAGAACAGGGUAUUUUCCGCAGGGUCUGAUGGGCAGGUAAUUUUGUACAAAGCAUCAAACGAUGGGUUUGGUGCUCAUAAAGAUGUGGCCAAAGAACAAGUGCGUAAGUGGGUCUAUGUGGGAUAUGUAAGAGCUCAUACUCAUGAUGUAAGGGCAUUGACCAUGGCUGUACCAAUUUGUAGAGAAGAUGCUUUACCAGAAGAAAAGGCAGUGAAGAUACGCCGGCGCGAAAAACCUGAAUUCAGUUACCACAAAUGGGCUCAUCUUGGUGUUCCGAUGCUUGUAUCUGGUGGUGAUGACACUAAGCUCUUUGCUUAUUCAGCAAGGGAGUUUACUCAAUUUGCACCUCAUAACUUCUGUACUGCACCUCAACGCCCUUUGAUAAAUCUGGCAAGGGAUAGCACAGUCAAUGGAGAUUCUGUAAUGCUUGUCCAAUCUUCCAACUGGUUGGAUGUUUUACUUGUGACAGUUCAGAACAAGUUGACCCCAAGUACAUCAGCUAGAGGAGAUGCGACAAUACGACACCUUGCUCGGUUGAAAAGCAAGGGGUCCCGAAAAAUCAUUUCUAGCGCUGCCUCUAUUAAUGGAACACUUUUGGCCUAUUCAGAUUGUGUGAGGCCCUGCCUUUUUGUACUAAAGCAUAAGGGUGGAAAGAAGUACACCCUUGACAAAUUAGAACUGCCAAAAGGAUUGCCAUGUUCUCAGAGUAUGAUGUUUACCGUUGACUCGUCCAGUUUGAUACUAGCUGGUCGUGAUGGAAAAAUAUAUAUCAUUGAUGUUGCAUCAAGAGAAAUUUCAAAUGUAUUUCAUCUUACAAGAAAGACUGAUGGAACAAAAGUUUCUUCCAGAGAAUCACCUGUAACAAAAAUGUUCCUAAGUGCAGAUGGGCAAUGGUUGUCUGCAGUUAACUGCUUUGGGGAUAUUUAUGUAUUUAACCUUGAGGUGCAAAGGCAACACUGGUUUGUACCUAGAAUGAAUGAUGGCUCUGUUACAUCCGGUGGAUUUUGUCCCAAGAACAAUGCCCUUGUGAUAACUACAUCGAAAAAUGAGGUGUAUGUUUUUGAUGUAGAAGCAAAACAGUUAGGUGAAUGGUCCAAGCGCUAUACGCAUCACUUGCCCAGAAGUUUCCAGGAAUUUCCUGGAGAGGUCAUUGGCCUGUCAUUUCCUCCACAAAGUUCAUCAAUUGUUGUGGUAUACAGUACAAGGGCAAUGUGCUUCAUUGAUUUUGGAUUGCCUGUUGUCGAGGAUGUUCAAUUGCCAAAUGGUUCAACUGGACCAGCAGAAAGGACAGACUCACAAAAGAGUUCAAAAACAAAGCAAAAACGUAAGGCCCGUGAUGAAGAUUUGAAGCAAGAGAAAAGGAAUAACUUUGACUUCUUUGCGUUUAAAGAUCCAGUCCUGUUUGUUGGGCACCUAUUGGACAGUUCAAUUUUAAUAGUAGAGAAGCGAUGGAUGGAUGUGGUUGAAGGUUUCGGCGCACCAGUUCACAGACAUAUAUACGGGACAUAAUUUCUCGGUAACUUUUCAACCUCUGGCACUCGUGACAAGCAGCCCAUUCUUUGUUUUUGAUCAAGCAGUGGCGUGCAUCCAUCCUCCAGCAUGUUAUUGUUUAAAGGUGGUUCAAUGAUUUAGCAGCAGAAAAUGGCUGCAGCAUCUAGCAUUAGCAUGAAUAGCGUGUUAAUGGUGUAUUCUUUUUCCUUUCUUUCUUUCACUUUGAGUAAUCUAGUGGACUCACUGCGCCAGACUUGUCAUACCUUGUCACUGCGAAAUUUUUGUCAGCUGUAAACACUGUAUCAUUACUUCUGUUACUAUUAAGUCAAUAUCUGUUGUUUGCCUCAGGAAGAA